AUGACGACCUCCCAACCCCCGCUCCGGUUUACCGGCCAUAAAAACUUCCCAUACCGUCUCGUCCUCUCGACAUUGACAGGCCGUACGGUCCAUAUCUCCCAAAUUCGUUCCUCGUCACCUACGAACCCUGGAUUGGCGCAGCACGAGAUUUCUUUCCUCCGUCUUCUCGAGUCCGUGACCAAUGGCUCACAAAUGGAAAUUUCGUACACCGGUACCAUCAUCGUCUACAAACCGGGUUUGAUUACAGGAAGCGCUGCUGGUGCUGGAACAAGCAGUGGAGGUGUAAUCAAGCAUGAGCUGCCGGCAGGAUGUACUCGUGGCUUGAGUUAUUACUUGAUUCCUCUAUGUCUGCUGGCUCCGUUCUCCAAGGCACCAUUGAAGGUCAUUUUCACCGGUCCCGGAGUGAUUACUUCUUCCACCCCGACGGGCGACAUGUCGGUUGACAGCGUUCGAACCGCCAUCCUUCCGCUUUACAACCAGUUCGGAAUCUUCAACAACAUUGAGCUCCGUGUUUUGCGCAGGUCGAACCCCGGUCCGAAUGGCAAGGGUGGUGGUGGAGAAGUGCAGCUGGUUUUCGGUCACCAAGUUCGUCUUCCCAAGACUCUGCAUCUGUUAAAUGGCGGCAGAAUCAAGCGUAUCCGUGGUGUAGCCUAUUCCGUCGGUGUUUCUGGCUCGAACAACGCCAGAAUGAUUGAAACCGCCCGUGGGGUUUUGAACCGUCUCUGCCCCGACACCUACGUCUUCUCUGACAUGUCGCCUGCUCCGCUGGUGCCUGCACCCGAGCGAAACAACCCCACCGCAAAGAAGAAGAUCGGUCUUGGAUUUGGAUUGUCGCUAGUCGCAGAGUCGUCGACUGGAUGCUUAUUUUCUGCCGAUGUGGCAUCUCCACCUGAGGGUGGUCAACCGCCGGAGGACAUCGGAAAGCAGUGUGCUUAUCAGCUACUCGAAACUGUCUCCAAGGGCGGCUGCGUCGCACCCCCAGCCGUCGCAACCAUGUUGACUCUCAUGACGAUGGGAUCUGAGGAUGUUGGCCGGAUUCAAGUCGGUCGGGAUGUGAUUGCUGACGAGAAUACUGUUCAACUCGCGAGGGAUCUGGCCAAGUUCGGCGCACCAGGCUGGGGUCUCCGUGAUGCUGCAGGGGAAAAUGAACAUGGCGACGUUAUUGUCAGUGUUGUUGGACGCGGUAUCGGUAAUGUUGGACGUAAGGUUGCUUGA